UGGUGUUUGGCUUGUUCCUGUUAUGCACUUUCGAUUUAUCAUGUGACUUUUUAACAUUCAUUUAAAGCUUUUUCAUGCACAUGAUUUUUUAUUUUUUUUUUAAACCUGAAAUGGGAGGUUUAAUGGUUUCUGUCCUUUCAUCAAUGCUGUUGAUCUGCACCAGUGUGACGGCGAAAUACGAACCGAACUGGGAAUCAAUCGACUCCAGACCGCUGCCAGACUGGUACGAUCAGGCCAAGUUUGGCAUCUUCAUUCACUGGGGGGUCUUCUCUGUCCCGAGCUUCGGCAGCGAGUGGUUCUGGUGGUACUGGCAGAAGCGACAAUUAAAGCCGUAUGUCGACUUUAUGCAGAAGAAUUAUCCUCCAGACUUCAAGUAUCAAGACUUUGCAGCCCAGUUCACCGCCGAGUUCUUUGAUGCCAAAGAGUGGACGGAGAUCUUUGCCUCAUCAGGGGCAAAGUACAUUGUCCUGACCACGAAACACCAUGAAGGUUUCACACUCUGGGGCUCAAAAAACUCCUGGAACUGGAACGCAGUGGAUAUUGGACCAAAGAGAGAUCUGGUAGAGGAGGUGGUGAGUUCCCUCCGUGCCAACAGUGACCUGCGUUUAGGGCUGUACCACUCUCUCUUUGAGUGGUUUAAUCCGCUCUUUGAACAGGACGCUGCCAAUAACUUCACUACAAACUACUUUCCGACCACUAAAACUCUGCCUGAGCUUUAUGAGCUCAUUGUCAAGUACAAACCGGAGGUGCUGUGGUCUGAUGGGGACGGAGACGCACCUGACAGGUACUGGAACAGUACAGGUUUCUUAGCUUGGCUCUAUAAUGACAGUCCCGUACGAGACACGGUGGUGACGAAUGAUCGCUGGGGUUUAGGCUCCAUCUGCAAACACGGCGGAUAUUACACCUGUGCUGAUCGCUACCAGCCAGAACACCUGCUCAAUCACAAGUGGGAAAACUGCAUGACCAUCGACACAAAGUCCUGGGGUUACCGACGCAACGCUCCCCUCAGAGAUUACCUCACCAUCCAGCAGCUUGUAGAAACGUUGGUGGAGACGGUGUCCUGCGGGGGAAACCUGCUGAUGAACAUCGGCCCGACACACGACGGAAGGAUCGCUCCCAUCUUUGAGGAGCGUCUGAGGCAGAUGGGUCAGUGGCUGAAGGUCAACGGGGAGUCCAUCUACAACACAACAGCAUGGCGGGUUCAGAGGGACGCAGUCACUCCUAAAGUCUGGUACACUUUCAGACCACAGGAUAAGAGCAUCUUUGCCAUUUUACUGGAGUGGCCCAAUAAUGGAUCUGUGAUUCUGAAUGAACCUGUGGUUACUCAAGGACAGACUCAGGUGGUGCUUGUCGGCUACGGGUCUCUGCAUUGGGAGCCUGUGAAGCCCAGCGGGCUGCGGGUUCUCCUCCCCCAGCUGUCCAUCGGACAGAUGCCUUGCCAGUGGGCCUGGACACUGAGGCUGACAGGUGCCACUUAAAGGAAACCAGAUCAGCUGAAGAGGAACUGACCGGGCUGCAGGCCGAGAGAAGGACCCAACGUUUUAAUUUAUAUGUUUAAAUCACUGAAUACCCUUCCAUAAAAUUUACUGUUCAGUCUGUGAGUUGUACAUGUAAAAAUUGUCUUUAUGAAAUACUGAACAUCAAUACAUGAUCACUGGUUUUGAUCUGGGUAACUUUUAUGAUUAAUGCCUUUUGUUCCAGGUCAAAUGGUGGAAUGUAGUACAAUUACUCAAGUACUGUACUUAAGUAUCAUUUUGAGGUACUUAAGUAUUUUUAUUUUAUGCCAUUUCAUGCUUCAACUCCACAACAUUUCGGAAGCCAAUAUUGCACUUUUUACUUUACAUUAUUCUUUUAACAUUAGUUACUUUGCAGAAACAGAUUAUUGAUGUGAAAUUCAAAUCAACUGAUAAAAUGUGAUGUAGUAUUAUGGAUAACUUUACCAAGCAGUAUACAAAGAAGUGGAAAUUAGCUCCACCUUUACCAGCUGCAACCUUAAAGAGACGACCACAUUAAUGCACCAAUAAUCACAAUUCAAUAACAGUAUUUUAGAAAAUGGGUCAUUCUGCGUAAUGACUACUUUUACUUUUGGAACUUUAAGUACUUUUAGAAGCUAAGACUUUGAACGCAGGAC